AUGGGCAAAGUCAAAUCCAAGAAACAGGUUCUCGCCAACCUGAUGUCUAAGGACACGAUGCGUGCAGUAUGGCAGCGCUUUGUAAUGAUGUUUGGUAUGGACUAUAGAUCACUGGCCGCCUACCGUUUCACGAUGGGCUGUUGUGUGAUGGGCGACAUUGUUGAACGCAUGGGUGACCUCUACACUAUUUACACCGAGAACGGUCUGUUCCCGCGUCACCUCAUCGUCACCAAGUACUCGUCCAACUACUUUGUGCCGAUCCAUUUGGCCAACACCAGCUGGUGGGCCCAGCUCUGCUUCUUCUUGAUCCACUUCUUCUUUGCUUUCAACAUGGCAAUUGGCAACCGCACCAAGCUUUACUCGUUCCUCACCUGGGCCAUGACCGUGUCGCUGCAGGCCUACGUCGGCCUGGUCGGCCACGGUGGCGAUGUCUACUUCCGCAUCUUGCUAUUCUUCACCAUCUUCUUGCCGACCGCCGAGUGUUUCUCCGUGGACAAAUGGACGUUUGCCAACAACUCGUCGACAAUGGCACGAGACGAGGAGCAAUCCCCACUCGUCGAGGUGACCACCGUCGAUGAAGCCAAGUCCGAGAGUGAUGCCCGUGCCAAUGGUGCACCCAAAGUGCGCGAGAGCUAUGCCGAGUCACUCAACAAGCAUCGUUUCAUCUCCUUUGCCACCAUCCUAGUCCUGCUCCAGAUGUCCUGCAUGUACGUCGCAUCCUACUUCCACAAGUACGGUGAGGAAUGGAAGAACGGAGAAGCCACCUUCUACGCCAUCAGUCUCGACUACUUCCAAACCCCAUUCGCUCGCAUGCUCCUUCCAUGGAGGACCACCCUCAAGUUGAUGACACUCGCAGUUGCCAAGUGGGAGUUCAUUGGAGCAUUCUGCUGGUACAUGCCAUUCUACACUGAUUACUUGAGGAUAUUGGGAGCAGUUGGAUUUAUGGCGUUGCAUGCUGGAUUCGUGUCUUGCCUCCGUCUCGGCCUUUUCUUCUGGGUGUGUUUCUGCGCACAGACUAUCAACUUGUCACCAGUGUUCUGGGAGUAUACCUUUGGCUUCUUUGAACGCCGUCUGAUGAAGGGCGCACGCCCACUGCGUGUGUUCUACAACACCUCAUCACCACUCAGCCAGUAUACCACACUCAUCAUGAAGACCUUCUUCAUCCUGCCCACAUGCGCCAUCUACGCACCAAUGGACAAGAUUCAGGAGGAGCCCGCCAUGGCCAUGUCCAUGUCGACCAUCAACACCACACCAUUCGGCAGCGACGACGAGCAGAGCAAGCGCAGAAGGAUUGGUGACGACUGGUUCGUCACGAUCGAUGGAAAUGGAAUCCGUCGCAAGAACCUGGCCGCACUCAACCACCUGGCCAGCAAGUCGCCACUGCUGUUCGCCUUCGCCUGGCUGUUUAGCAAGGUGCCCGAGGUCGUCUGCUCGGUCGCUGGCAAGAUCGUCAACCUCAUCCACAUCAAGACACAAGAGUCGCAGGCAUGCACCCGUCGCCCAUCAGUCUACAUCCGCCGCAGACAUCACCGUCGCCCCUCGCACCGCAUCUUCUCCGUCUACAACAACACGGUCUGCCUGAUCAUGUGCUACCUUGUGCUGGGCUUCAACCUGAACAUCUUCCACCACACGAUCCCCGGCUGGGGCUUCAAAUGGACGCAGUUGGCAUUCCUCCUGCGCUUCGACCAGGGCUGGAACAUGUUCAGUCCCGCACCACCCAAGGUGCACUGGUGGCACGCGAUACACGGCGUGUUGGAUGACGGGACGCGAGUCGAGCUGUUCAAGGACAACGCCUUCCACGACCUGCUCACCAACAUCAACUACAAGGUGGACUUUGAGAAGCCCGUGCCCUUCGACACGACGUACGGCAACCAUCGUUGGUUCAAGUUCUGGGAGAAUGGCUACAACCAGUUUGGCUCGGAGGGUCUCCGUUUGGAGACGGGUCGGUACAUCUGCAGGCAGUUCAACAGCGUGAACUUUGGCGAUAAGAUGCUACACAGCUUCACCGUGUACUUUGUUCACGAGUUUAUGAAUCUCGAUGGUACUGUCACUGCGCCACAACAUCAAUCACUAUGGAAUCAUAUAUGCUAUGAGAAGAAAUAA